AUGACCUCGGCCAGCGAAGCCAGUCCCGGUAACUGGAUCGUGGGCAGUUACACGGGUAACAGCGAUGGGGUGCGCAUCACGAUUGCGACCUUUGUGGGCGUCGCAUGGUAUAAUGUGAUUGAGCUAGUCGUGCUCAUCUUCCUCACCUUCAAGCGCUACCAUGGCCCCUACUUCUGGAGUAUGCUCAUCUCCUCCAUCGGGAUCCUGCCAUACUCGGUCGGCUAUUUGAUCAAGUUUUUCGGCCUCACUUCGGCGACAUGGGUCCCUGUCACGCUACUGACCGUGGGCUGGUGGACUAUGGUCACUGGCCAGUCCUUUGUGCUAUAUUCGCGCCUGCAUUUGGUGCAGGAGAAUAAGCGCAUCCUGCGCAUGGUCAAGGGCAUGAUCAUCAUGAAUAUUUUUCUGCUCCACGUCCCAACUACUGUCCUCACCUAUGCCGCCAACUUUUCUGAAUCCCCCACUUCCGUUGCGGGGUACGAUAUUAUGGAGAAAAUCCAACUUACCGGAUUCUGUGUCCAGGAGGUUAUCAUCUCCAGCUUUUACAUGUGGGAGACCAACCGAAUGCUGCAUGACAAUUCUGAUGCUGGUAGUCGCAAGACCAUUUUGCAAUUGCUUGCCGUCAACGUUUCUUGUAUCCUGAUGGAUAUCGCGUUGAUGGUCAUCGAGUUCAUGAAUUUCUAUAUCUACCAAACCACUCUCAAAGCUACGCUUUACAGCAUUAAGUUGAAACUGGAAAUUGCCGUCCUGGGAAAAUUGGUCAAGAUUGCCCAUCAGAAUGUUUAUGUGUCACCAUUCAAUGCGGGUAAUGGUCACUUUCCUUCUUAUGUGGACCCAACCCUCCGUGCUGGUGACUACAGUCAUCCAGAGUCAAUGGGGACGGGCCAAAGCUCUAAGAGCAGGGAGACCAGACAUGAUUUGGACUAUGAGGAUGAUGUUCGAUGA